GGUGCUGUACUUGCUCAUUAAUGCUGCUUUGCUCUCUCCUGAAGGCGAUGGCCAGAAUCUGGUUACAGAAGAUGUGACGGUGGUGGAGGGGGACGUCGCCACCAUCAGCUGCCGCGUCAAGAACAGCGACGACUCGGUGAUUCAGCUCCUGAAUCCCAACAGGCAAACCAUCUAUUUCCGAGAUUUCAGACCGCUGAAGGACAGCAGGUUCCAGCUGGUGAACUUCUCCAACAGCGAGCUCCGGGUGUCCCUGACAAAUGUCUCCAUUUCUGAUGAAGGAAGGUACUUCUGCCAGCUCUACACUGAUCCCCCCCAGGAAAUCUACACCACCAUCACAGUGCUCGUCCCGCCACGCAAUCUGGUAAUCGAUAUCCAGAAAGAAAUCGCCGUUGAGGGAGAAGAGAUUGAGCUGAACUGCACUGCCAUGGCCAGCAGACCAGCCACCACCAUCAGAUGGUUCAAAGGAAACAAGGAGCUCACCGGCAAGUCGGAGGUGGAGCAGUGGUCCGACAUGUACACAGUGACCAGCCAGCUGCUGCUGAAGGUGGGACGGGAGGACGACGGCGUCCCUGUCAUCUGCCUGGUGGACCACCCUGCUGUCAAGGACCUGCAGACGCAGCGCUACCUGGAAGUCAUGUAUAAGCCUCAAGUGCGGGUCUCGCAGAACUACCCGGUGCAAGGCCUCACAAGAGAAGGGGAGCCGCUCGAACUGACCUGCGCAGCCUUUGGAAAACCACAGCCUACGGACAUGAGGUGGUUAAGAGUAGAUGAUGAGAUGCCUCAACACGUUGUAGUGUCUGGUUCAAACCUUCUCAUUAGUAACCUAAACAAAACAGAUAAUGGUACAUACCGCUGUGAGGCUUCCAACGCGGUGGGGAAAUCACAUGCGGAUUACAUGCUGUUUGUAUACGAUCCCCCCACAACUAUCCCUCCUCCCACAACAACCACCACCACUACCACCACCAUCCCUACCACCAUCACAGACACAACGGCGACGACAGAACCGGCAGUUCACGGCUUUACUCACUUGCCCAAUUCGGCAGAGGAGCUGGACUAUGGUGAUCUCUCAGAUUCUCGUGCAGGUGAGGAAGGGGCAAUACGGAGCGUGGACCACGCGGUGGUCGGCGGCGUCGUGGCCGUGGUCGUGUUUGCAAUGCUUUGCCUGCUCAUCAUUUUAGGGCGAUAUUUUGCCAGACAUAAAGGUACAUACUUCACUCACGAAGCCAAAGGAGCAGAUGAUGCGGCCGACGCAGACACAGCCAUCAUCAAUGCAGAAGGAGGACAAAACAACUCCGAAGAGAAGAAAGAGUACUUCAUCUAGAGCAGCCUUGGUUUGUUGAGGUGUCCAACCGUGGACGGUUACUACUGGCCCUAUUUAAACGCUCAAGAGACAGUGAUAUUGGAAGUUGCAACCAGCUUGUGUCUUUUUUUUUUUAAAGAAAAAAAAGCCAAUGGGUGGAGAGUCAGAGGCUGGGAGGGUCCGGGAUUGGCUGUGUAAAAAUAUUCCUCGCAAAGUACACUCUGCUGUUCGACACCUCAGUUCGUUUGGGUUUUCUUUUUUUGGCCAAGUCCAGCUUGGAUUUAGUUUAGUGAAGUCAUUUGCAGAAGAUUCUGUGCCUUGUUUAAUUUCUGUUUGUUCGGGUCGGGGGGAGGCUGGGAAGAAGAGGGGCUUCUGUGCGUUAGUUCCCUUCGGGUUUCUGUGGCUCUUCGUUUCCCCUUUCCUCUUGGGUUCCGGGAGUUGCCUGCCGGGACCCCUUGGAGUAGGUGCGUUUCCUUGAAGGUGUUUCUUUUUCUCGUCACCGGUUUCCGUUCAGAACUCGAGCUCGUCGGAGGAGAACCAGCACAUUUUAGACUUCGUAGUUUGCAGUUCAGUGUGCCCAUGUCCCAUCCCCUCUAUCGUCCUAAAGGCUCGGAUAAAGACCGGCGAGAACCCGCUCGUGGCUGCCCACGUUUCAGGUGCU